AUGCCUACCAACCCCGGUCAGAUCUCACCAUUCCGAGGCGUCACUCGGCACAUCACUGGCCAUGAUGCGUCUGGAAACGCCGUCAUUCACUCCUCCACUCCGGGCCAGUGGAAGUCAUUCGAGGGAAGCUCCAUGGCCUUCAAUGUCGUCUAUACCACCUCACAGUUUCCCGCAGAUUUGAACCAGGAAGCCGACAUCGAUGCACACGAGAAGAUCCAGCAGUCUGGUCAACUGGGCCUGGUCAAUCCGCGGGGAACGGUGUGCCGCAUUGUGGACUUUGCCCCGAACAACACACCCAUUGUCCACCGGACGCAGAGUCUCGACUACGGCAUUGUGCUGGAAGGCGAGAUUGAAAUGGUGCUCGAUGAGGGCGAUCCGGUCCUUAUGAAACGCGGCGACGUCGCUGUGCAGCGGGCAACGAUGCACGGUUGGCGUAACCCCAGCAAAACCGAGUGGGCACGCCUGGUGUUUGUCCUGCAGGACUGCCAGAAGUUGACGGUGGGCGGGAAGGAGAUGAAGGAGGAUCUGGGAAUUGCUACUGGCGUCCUCCAUCCCAGCAGGAAUGACCAGUAA